CUCCCUGACUAUCACUCAAACUUUAAACUUAUAUCUAUAAAGGUACUGCUCUUCUUCUCCUUUAACCUAAUAACAUCACCCCAGAAACACUGAUGUAAUUCCUACUAAUUUAAUUUUUUCACACUGUGUGAAAGGACAUGUAGCCUAACUGAACACUGUACGUGUUACACAAUGACUAUUCGAUACCUCUAGGUUUUUGAGUCCAAAUAAAUAUCCUUUGCAAUCUAUGCUCAAGAUUAGGAUUUAGGUUUAUAUGAUCUUUGUAAAGUUAAAAAAAAAGUCUCAGAUUGCAGGAAAUUCCUCUCAUUCACUUUCUGUCUUUUCAAUAAGCAUGUAAGCAGGCAAGGCGAUAAUGAACUGCAUUACACACUGUUUUGAUAUGAUAUGCCAGACAAGGGCAGUUGUAUAGCUCGUGCCUCUCUGAAACCAGGCUCUUCAAACUGAACACGAUUGGCGGUUAUUAGCGCUGCUGAUGUCACCCUGCGCUCUGCGCUCCACGCUGAGUGACUAUGAAGGAUGUGCGCGGUCCCUUAAGACCGAGCGCGGUCUACAUAAUUCAUACCGAGGGGAGUGACUUGUUGCCCGUGCCUUUUCUCCCCUGCCUGUAUAAAACCUAAAGUUCCCAGCAAAUCACACUUACAGAUGGAGAGACCUCGCCGCUCAGCCGGGUUCUACGCUCGAGUCAAACCCGACGCGACAUCCCGCUCCUCCCCGGUUCUGCCCCACUACAUUUAGCAUCUUGUGUCGACUUUCUGAGGGCGCAGCACUUCCCCUCAAAUACCGACCACCGUUCCAUCGUGUGCACGUGAACAUGAAGCCCAUAUUCCGCUCUGUCCGGCUCGGCUGGAUGGCGGCUCCGCGGGCGCUCUGGCUGACGGCGCUGUUUGCGGCUCUCGCCCGCACGGUGCAUGCUGCGGGGCCCGUGGUGCGCUGUGAGCCGUGUGACGACGAGGCGCUCGGCCAGUGCAAGCCGCUGCCACGUGACUGCGCCGAGCGGGUGCGCGAGCCGGGUUGCGGCUGCUGUCUGACGUGUGCGCUGCGUGAGGGCCAGGCGUGCGGCGUGUACACGGGACGCUGCGGCGCCGGACUGCGGUGUCAACACCGACCCGGUGAGAGCAAACCGCUGCAGGCGCUGCUGGAGGGAAGGGGUGUGUGCACCAGAGCCACGGACAAGCUCCCGCUGAGAGUCGUUUACCCUAAGGAACCUGUAGAGGAACAUCUGCCUACCACUACCAUUGCAACAGUCAGCAAGGGCACUGAGGUGGUGCAGGACACAGCAACAGGUUCGGGGGUUGAAGACGGUAUGCAGAAAACAGAGCUGGAGCCUAAAGGGUCUCUGCUGCACACUAAGCUCGGCAUGAUCCAGAUGGAGCAGUUUAAGCAAAGACAGAUCUACAAAGUGGAGCCAGUGGCCAAGGGAGUCCACCCUGAUAUCCACAAUUUCAGCCUGGAAUCCAAAAGAGAGACCGAGUAUGGACCAUGUCGCCGAGAGAUGGAAAGCGUUUUGAAGAGUCUUAGGAUAUCCAGCGUGAUAAACCCUCGAGUUUUUCGCAUUCCAAACUGUGACAGGAAGGGCUUCUACAAGAAGAAACAGUGCCGUCCAUCCAAAGGCCAUAAACGUGGUCAGUGUUGGUGUGUGGACAAGUAUGGACAGGCUCUACCAGGCUACGAGGGCAAAGAACAAAACCAAGUCCACUGUUAUAACCAGGAAAAUAAAUGAGAAACACAGGAGAGACUGAAGUAAAAUGGGAGAGGGAGGAAGAUUCCCUCUAAACAGUAUAAAUCCACAGUGAAAACGGGGAAAGGGAGAUUUUUAAAGGUGGUGCCCUAUUUCUGAGCACCCCACCUAUGCACCGGAGCAGGGACUCAUCAGGUCACUUUCACACAUCAGGGGAGUAGAGAGAGGGGGCAGGGAGCGAGGGAGGGAGGGGAAGGUCUGCGCUAUUCUAUUUUUAUUAUAGCCCAAUGAGGGCACCAUUUGGAUUACACUAACAAAAGAAAUGUCUAAAUUACCCUUUGGGCUUCAUUACCUUUCGGUUAUGUGUGAUAGCUUCUUAACUAUAUGGGUUUGACUGAAAGUAUGUGGUUGGCCCUUUCUCUUUUCUGGUGAAAUGAAGCACCUUGAGUAAAUCACUGCCAUGACUAUCACUGUCUCUCUUGUAGCAACGCGUCCUGUCUCUGCCCUUCUGGUGUAGGACUGUUUGAAAUGGGCAUGCUCAGUAGUGUUGGCCUGCUCUUGCCAUUGGCUCCAGCUGAAGCACAAGCACUUGAUGCACUUUCGUCCCUCACUGAACAACUACCCCAGUCUAUUACAGUGGCCAUAUCUCGCAAUACGUCUAAGAGCAUUAUGAAAGUGUUUAAAUUUAUGCUAUUCUAGGACCUAUUAAUCACACUGAAGGACUUUUUCAAAAAGUCAUUUCAGUGUUUUUUUUUUCAUUGUAGAUAUUUUCCUUUAUUCACUGCAUAUGCUUGUGUGAUCACUUGCUGAUUUAUGCCCAGGUUAACCAUGUAGGAGAAUAACUACAUGACUUUUUGAUGUCUGUUUUCCUACCAGCUUUUUGUUCAGCUGGAAGGAAGAGAGAGUAACUGAUUUAACAAAGCUACAGCAUGCAGCAUGUUCCCAAGUGGAUUCCAAAUGUAUAUAAUACACACCAUAUAUUUACUGCACUAAAAUACACCACAGAGCACUUGACAUGAUAUUUCUCCCAGUGCUGAAAAUGCCGUUUGGUAUCUUUGACAUCUUGUGCAUUUUGUGCAACAAUUGCACAAAUUGCAUUAUAAUUAUCCUUCUGUGAGUUUUCAGUGAAUAUGUAAGAAAAUGCAACAAUAUCUAGCAUUACUACUGCAUACCUUUGUAUGUGCUCCAAAGCUUGAUAAUGAUCACUGGCAGUUAUUUUCCUUCUUGAAAUCACUGCCUUAACCAAGUCAGGGGUGAAAUUUGACAAUGAUUAGUGUUUAGUGCUCUGUCUCUUUGAAUGUUAUCCAGUUGCUUCACCCAAACUAAAAGCUUACAGAUUAGCUCAGUAACCCUAUUGGAUACCUUGUCUUUAUAUUACAGUAAGGAUGUUGGGAUUAUUUUAUUUUUUUUUUUUUUUGUCUGACCUCCUGAGAAAAGACUUGAAAUAUGGAGGGUGCCGGAGAGGUAUCCCCACUCCCAGUAGCUCAGUAGCACAGAAUCAGCCAAAAGCUUGACCCCUCAACACCCUCCCAAAAACUAAAAAAAAAAACAUAGAAAAUGUUCAAAAUAUAUGUAUAUGUUUAUACAAACAAUAUACAAAAAUGACUUAAAGGAUUAAGAUAUGUUGGUGCUACACCUUUUCUUAUUUCACAGCUAGAUUUUGGGUGAAGAGUAUAACAAGUACAAAAAUUGUUGUCCCUCCUUGAACUUGUGUCAUUUCUAUAUUUCUAUAGAUAUAUGUUUUUUUUUUCUGGCCAGCUUUGUGUCUGAAAAGGCAUGUGAAAUAUUGAAGUUAUUUAUCUACAAAAGGCAUAUAAGCUCAUCCUUUUCUCUUUUUUUGAGGAUUAAGUGACUCACUGAUUGCACAACAGGUAAUAGAUAGAACUCAACAUAUUUUGGGAAUAUAAUCACUAAUGAGUUUUUAGAUAUUAUAUCAACAGUGCAUUGUACAAAAUGAUAAUUUAAGAGAUGGUUCUGUCCUCGGUUAAGUUGUCUAAUAUGAGACAUCUUCAGGUUUCUUGGGUCUUUCUCUUUGAGAUAAGUAGCUAGAUCUAAGCUAAAUUUUACCUAAGUCAAUCUGAAGAUAGUCUUUGGUUUAGUAAGGUUUAAGCUAUGUAUUUACUUAUUUGCUUAAAAUUAAAGUUAAAGCUAAGUGCCACUCCUAAUCUGUCUGGGGCCAAAAGCAGAAUUCUGCUUACUCAUAAUAACAGCUACUUUUACACCAUUGCCAUGCCUCUACUUUAUUUGAAUCUUCUGUGCUGUAGCUGUUUGUAAAUCAACUUGAUUACGAUUACCUUUUCUAUUACAUUAUCUACAUCAUGUCUCUGUAAUCUGGUUUUCUAGCUAGGAGGCAACAAUUCAUACGAAUGAUAAAAACAUAAUGAAUAUGGAUAAUGGUAGAAAUAAAAGAAAAUUAUAAUUCAUUAGACGUAUGCUGAUACUAAGCUAAAUAAUAAUGAACAGUAUUGUUAUUAGCAUGGCAGGCCCCAGGGAUGGUGAGGAGGGAACAGCACAACUUGAAAAGUAUGCAUGUAGGAAGGACCAGCACUGGUUAAGGUAAUUGUAAGCUAACUUUUAAAGCUCCACCUUGGCUUAUAUUAAAGCUAAUGAAAAGUUGAGUUAAGAAAAAAAAACUGUUCCUCAUUCUGUUGUGCAAUGUUAGGGCCACUUAUAGUCGCAAGUCACUUUUAAGGAUCUCUCCAUUCACGGGUAAUUGUACAUUUUUUUAUCAUUUGAAAGAAUUUUGAUUCAUUAAGAAGCUUUUCAUGUUACUAAAAUAAAUAUUACACAGCUAUGCCUUUCUUUAAGAAAGGAAAAUGGUUUAAAUGGUUUUGUUCAUAUAUGAUUUGUAUUUAAUGUAUUUUUUAAAAUAAAAAUAAACACUAUUUUAAUUUAUAUGUGACUUCAGGUCUCUGUUUGAAUGGAUAAAAAGCUGCCAGCAACAUAAUUGUUCAUAUACAAUCCUCUUUCGUUGUCAUUGCUCAAUAAACUUCACAAUCACAAAUAGAUGUGCUAUGUGUAGACUUGUCAAUUACUUUAGAUAUUAUCCAAUGAUAAAACAUACUGAAAAAAGAAAUUCAUUAGACUUCCACAUGUGGAACCCCGAACAGAAUGCGACUAUUUUUUUCUUGUUGUUGUUGUUUGGUUGGUUCAUUAUACAGUUCAUAAAAGAAAUAACAAAUAGAGAUUUUUUUUAUAACAUUCAUAACAUUUUUCUCCAAAACAUUUGUUUUCUGUGUUUGUAGGCUAUAUUAGAACAGCAUGUUCAGACAGCAAGUCUUUUGGGCACUUGACAAACAUGUUGACUAUUUUCUUGUGCAUAGCUUUAAGUCAUAUUUUAAACUGACAACUUUUGGGGAAUGAGAUCUCAUUCAUCUUGCCUGCUGGCACAUGGUCAUUUUAAAUGAACAUAAUAUUUAUACCUAUAAAAGAGUUAUUAUUCUUCAUCCAAUGAAGAGGCAAUUCUGUCCAGACACCAUGACACCGCAUUUCAUAUAGAGGCCACAGUUCACAUUGGACUACCUCAAUUGUAUAAAUCAAUUUCACAGGUUCAGGUGGAAUUUCUGCAUUUGAAGUGUCACUUACAGAAUGUCACUUAAUAUUACUUGUUGCUAUAAGCUCUGGUAUUUAAUUGUGUAUGAGUGCAAAAGAUGGGGGAAAAAAGUGCAGUGGAUGGUGCCAGAGAGGCUGCUUGCUUGGGCAGUAGGAGGGGGGCAUUCCUGUGCCCAACCAGCACAAACAGAGAGCAGGUCAAAGGCACUGCAGAAAGCAGAGCCUGGUUCCCCCAAAUACCGAGCUAAAAUUAGUGCACAGCUCCGUUUGCGAUUACCACGAUAAGGACGCACAAGCUCACAAAUAGAGUUCUGCCCACAGGCAAUUUUUAAAAAAGGAACAUAAUCAUGAGUUGGCAAGGUAUAUUUUGAGAGGAAGAAAGAGAAUUUAUGGUUUAAGGUCAUUUCAGGUAUCACAUAAUAUAAUUUAUCGACACCAUGUUUGGCAAAUUGGGUUUAAUGCUUUGUUUUGUAGUUGUUUCACCACAGAUGAGUUGAGCUAU